AUGCUUGAUAGAUUUUCAGUUGUCAUCGUCCUACUACAAAUAGUGGGUUAAAUUCGUAUCAAUUUUCAAACUUUAACUUUUAUAGUCAAAUUAGUUGGUAAAAUUGUGGAUUAUCAGUAUGCUUAAGAGGGAUUGCCAUCAGAUGAUAUCUCAAAUAUAGAGUUUUAAUCAUUUUCAUUGAUGAAUAAAACAAAAGAGUUGAGGAAAAAGAAUGCUGUUAACCUUCUAAAAAAUAAAAGCUUGAAGGAAAAAUCAUUCAUUAUUUUGGCAUUUGUCGCUUUAAUUUGUUUUAUCAGCAUUUACAUUGUUAGGCUGGUCUUCAAGGACAUAUUCUUUCAUUUUGCAAUAAAUAAAUACGUCGUCAAUUUCUUUUUGGAUGAAAAUAAUGUCUACAGCUAUAUGAAUGAAGAUCUAUCAAUGGUGUUGUAAUAUCUUGAUUUUAUCAAUGGAAUUCUCAUUAUUGGCUUGUUCUAUUUUUUCAGUAGAUAGAAAUUUGAUAAGAAAAAGAAAUUAAAAAUUCGAUUAUUCAAGCCUAAAGUUAACUACGAGAAAGUGAAGGUUCUGGGUGAAAUUUAAAGGAUCAGUGGAGACUCAGAAUCUACAAGUGACUCAAGACCUAGUUCAUAAUCAUUACAAUAAUAGAAAUAAUUGAACAGUAGGAUAUCUCUCUAUAAAGAUUUGAAUGUUUAUUAUAAGGAUACUGAAAUUUAAGAACAUGAUAAUGAUACUGACUCAUUAUUUGAAGCAGAGAUAGCUGUAGAGUAAAAUGAUUCUGUCUCUGUUGAGGAAUCCUUCAUUAAUAGCUUGUAUUUGGAAAAUUAGUAAAUUAAAUUUAGCUUUAAUAAUAAGAGAUACUUUGCUUAAGCUGGUAUUUAAUGA